AUGCACAACAUCUUUCGGGUACCAUUCCACUCAGCAAGGUUAUGCAGUCGUUAUCUGAGACGCUCAGGGAUUUUAGCCCAGAUCAGCGCCAUUGCUCAUGAACAAGAGGCUCGACGAGGUCUAUCCACUAGUGCAAUAUUGGAAAAGGUUCAUAAACAAAAGAAACAAAAAGGACAGGUAAGCAAUUAGUUAUGUUUUCAAUAUUUAGACAUUUUUAAGGGUCAUACAUUGCCUUUGGUCAGUGACAAUCUCCAAUUCGAGGAGUACGACUGCGCUUUGUCUGAGAUGAGGUCACUUGAAGCUCGAUUAGAAGACGAGCUUCAACGACACUUCAGCACGAAGGUAGAUCUUCGUCAGUACGAGGAUUUGAGGGUACCAAUCUCAGGAACGGAUGAAGUGCAUCGACUGGGAAAUUUGGGGCGAGUUACGAUGAAAAAUCCGCAAAUGAUCAUGAUCAAUUUUGCUGACAAGCCCACGGCCAUAAAAGAUGCAAAGGUUGCGUUGCAAAAGAGCGCAUUGAAUGUGAAUCCUCAACACGAAGGUAAGAAAUAGUCUGUUUUAUGUUUCUGACAAGUUUAAAAGUUAUGGAUUGUUUUAGGCAGACAGUCAAGGGUAAUAUAAAUUUUGAUUUUUUUUUGAUCAUAACUCAACGAAAAUUGUUUCUAUAGGCUUGAAAUUUAAUUUUUAGUUAAUGAAGAAUAUUUUAAAUGAUUUAAAUUAUAUCUUUUGCAGGAAUCAUGUUGUACAUACCUGUUCCAAGGAUGACGAAGGAAAGGCGAGAGCAAUUGGCGAAAGAUGCCAGAACUUUGGUGUUGAAUGAUUAUAAGAAGGCAAUUAAUGAUGUAAGCUUUAUUAUACUUUUCUUCAUCUAGUGUUGAGGUUUUGUAUUUAUAUUUUUUUAAAUAUUUGAGUUUUGUCAAGACUUGACCAACCUACUAAAGCAUCUUGCUUAAUAUCGGUAAACUCUCUAAAACAACGGUUUAUAGUUUAAAUUCAAUAUGUAUUUUUAGGUAUAUGUUAAAAGCGACAAAAAGGCAUCAACAACGAAAGAAUUGGACAAGGCGAAGUUGAAACGCGCAGCUCUACUUAACUUAAAACAUCAAUAUGAGAAACGAGCAGCCGCUUUGAUCGAAGAGAAACAGAAGCAGAUCCUUCAAGAAGUGGCUUAA